AAGCUGGGCCACACAGCAUAUUUAGACGGCCUCCGAGGUGUCGCAGCCUUUGUCGUCUACAUCUUUCACUAUUCUUACCUUUGGUUUCCGGACCUUCGCUGGGGAUACGGUGUCGAAGAUCACCACAUGUUCUGGCAGAUGCCCAUCAUUCGAGCUUUGCACUCAGGACGAGCUAGCGUCACUGUCUUCUUCGUCAUCUCGGGCUUCGUUCUCACCCUGAAGACCCUGACGAUGAUUCACAACCGCAAGGUAGACCAGGCUCUGAGUGUACUAGCUGGAUCCGCGUUCCGCCGCCCUUUGCGACUAUAUCUUCCCAUUUUUGCUUCAACAUUCAUCAUCGCUCUUCUGGUCUAUUGGGGGAACUAUAUGAGAGAUCCAUCAGGAGCACCUAUCCCACCGAGAGGACAAACCCUUACUGAACAGCUACGGCACUGGUUUUGGAGCUCGAUCAAUUUAUCGAACCCGUUUCGACCCAUCAUUAACAGAGAGAACAUGGGAGGAAGCGAGUAUGACGGACAUCUAUGGACAAUACCUGUUGAGUUCAAAGGUUCGCUGCUCGUAUUCUUCCUUCUACUUAUCUUUGCUCGGACAAAACGGUGGAUUCACCUGGUUGGCGUUAUGGGUACAGCCUUCUGGCUUGUUCGUAUCGGCGACUGGGAUCAGUCUCUUUUCUGUAUAGGCUUGUUACUUGCAGAAAUCUCUAUCAUCCUUCCCAACAGCAGCCUGUCGUCAGAGGCAGCCGAACAUGAGACCCUCGGCUACGGCAACGCGAUCACUACGGAGUUUGGAUUGAAGAUCAUCUACAUCUUUCGUCACGCCGGUACUUUGGCUCUCUUUUUUCUCGGCUUGCAUCUUUUCUCGUACCCGGAGUAUUACGGUUCAUCGACUCCGGGUUUCAUUACAAUUUCCCAGUGGGUGCCUGCCUACUACCAAGCUACUUCAGACCGGACUCAACUCUUCUGGAACUCUAUUGGCGCUGUCAUAUUCGUCUUUGCCUUGAUGUUCGAACCGCUUCUCCAGCGGCCCUUUACCACGAGCUUCGCCCAAUACCUAGGGCGCAUCUCGUACUCCCUGUAUCUAUGGCAUGGUGCCAUAAACCACAUAAUCGGAGUGAGAUGGCUGUCUCCGGCGUAUUCCGCGCUGCAGCUUGCUCAAACCCAGGCUCAAACACUUACAGAGGGUGGCAACGAGGCCGCGGCAAUAGACUUAAUGCAAACGGCUUGGAGUGCGUACAGGCUUGCGUUCUUGUACGGAACCCUCGUCAACACCGUUGCACUCUUGUGGGCGAGCGAUGUCUUCAAUGCAUUGGUGGAUGUAAACGCCGUCAAGCUCACUCGUUGGUUCGGUGAAAAG